AGAAGCAGGAAGUGCGAGGACGAGUACACGGUCCAAGUUCAAAAAGAUGGUCGCGGCUCGAAGAGGAUCUUCUUACGGUGGGAUGUCGUCAGGCCCCAUCGGACAGGAAAUGUUUGGUCGGCUGAACACCUCAGAUUUGGAUACAACCAUUUGCUAAUCAUUGUGGAUGAUUUGUAUCUUCAACACGCACAUAAGAAAAGUCGAGUCGGGACACUAGCAAUUUGACUCGUCGCCAUCCAACAUAAUGUUUCGGGGUUCCUACAUGUUCCUUCUUUUCUUUGUUGUUUGCUCGCUACAGCCAAUAAACGGGCGAGCAGAGCUGUCCCCACCUCAGAAUGUGGACUUGGUUACCAUGAACACCUGUUACACGCUGAAGUGGGAUUGGGAUGAGAGUACUUCAAACAGCCAUGCUGUUUCUUUCUCUGCACAGUGUAUAUCGAACUACAAGCUGGAGUCGUCCAAGACAAAGCACACCUGGACUACGGCCUGUGAUAACACAUCUCUGAAAUCAUGUGAUCUUGCUGGGUGUCGUAUGCAUUACGUGGGUGUCUACACACUCCGUGUUCGUGCCAAUGUAAAUGGCAAUUACUCCAACUGGGUACUGAAAACAUUUUGUCCUGAGAAGCAUGCGACAAUUGGUCCGCCAUCAAAUGUGCGCCUGGCUCCUCAUGGAAGCAACCUCUCGGUUUACAUCUCUGAUCCACUGACCAGUUCAAAUUGCUCCAUGACGGAAGAAUUUUCCAAGUUGUCCUACAACAUCUUGUACUGGGAACGCAAUGAAGACAUGCAGGUAUUAGAACCCAAGAUUUUGAAGAGCGAUGAGUCUGAAAUGACUCUGACAAACCUUAAAUCUUGGACAUUCUACUGUGUAAGGGUCCAGUCACGUUUCGACUUCUACAAUAAGAGCAGUACAUUCACUUUAUCCAAGUGCAUUCAGACUGAAGGCACUAUCCCAUUGGGGAAGAGGACUGUGUACUUCCUGGCUUCUUUUUCCCUGUUUUUUCUGGUGGUUCUGCUCCUCUUGUAUAUUUCAUUGAAGUGCUACUGGACAGUCAAGGAAACUUUUUACCCCAUGAUCCACCUUCCACCAUUCUUUCAAAAGGAUUCUCAUGACUCCUUUGGAUCCGAUAUUCCUUGUCUACUAUCCUUGGGCUCAGAAGUAUUUUGUGAUGAAGUUAUAAUAUGUGAAAAACCCCAAGAAUUUCACAGUCUUCCCUCAGUUGUUCUCACCUCAAGCCAGGAACCAAAUAGCAGUGGUCAGGAUAGUCAUCAGGACGUAAGAAAAAGCCAAGACUCUGGAGUUUACUCUACAGAAGGCAGCUACAGCCAACAGCAGAGUAACCACAGUUAUUCCUCCUCAGGGGCCAAAUUGUCUUAUCUUGUUGACCAAGAUCAGGAGAAAAUGCAAAAUAUGAAUAGAAUAAUACCACAUGUUCCUUAAAUUACUGCUGUGCAGUAGCAGCCUUAUCAACUCCGCCCCAUACGAUAUAUUCCACUGUCAGAACAAUAGUUGGUGUGCUUAUUGCUGUUGGGUAAAAACUGAAUCUAUCAGCCUUUGUUUUUACUGACAUAUAGUGCUGGGUUGCUCGUGAUGUCAGGGCUGGAGUCCAUGUGCUCAAGCACAUAGAGGGCAUACAAAACAUAUUCCUAGCAAGAAGUCAAUUGAAAGCAGAGUGAAAAUGCAGAAUGCAGGCACUAUUGCCUGAGGAAAUGGUUCCAAUAGCGAUUUUGGUAAAACGUGUUUUAGAAUUCCUAAGAUAAUUCAUUAUAAACGGAAAAAAACUGUUAAAGGGGCCUUAAAUGCAAAACCAACUUUUCUAACAUGAUGGUAUUUAGGGUCUCCAUAAAUUCCGAAAAUUUGAACUCAAAUCGUGGAGGCAUUGCAGAGAUAUUUACAAAAUAUCAAUCAAUCAAAGUCUUGUUUAUAUAGCCCUUAAUCACAGGUGCCUUGAAGGGCUGCACAAACCACAUUGACAUUACUGGUCUGAACCCACAUCCGGGCUAGGAAAACCCAACACUGGAACACAUAGAAACCUCGGGAAGGGGCCGCAGAUGUGGGGACCCAUCCACAUGGGUGACUGGCUGCAAUGGAUUCCAAGUGGGUACAGUUAUUGAAAAUGAUUCAUGAUAAUGUGAGAGUCCAGUCCAUCGGGGGGAAGCAGAGGGUCAUAGGAGGUCUCCAUGCAGGUCAUAGAGGAGUGGUCCACCCUGGGUCGUGACUUGGAACAGCUAGCAUCUCCUCCAGACUGGUAUUUCUCUAGGGAUUAUCCGUGGCCACCUGGUAACCUCUCCAUGCAGGGGGGGGGGGAGUGGCAGGUCAACUGGUCUCCAACAGUCUAUUUAAAAACUACAGUAUAUGGAUGAGUUUUAAAGGGGAACAUUAUCACAAUUUCAGAAUUGUUAAAACCAUUAAAAAUCAGUUCCCAGUGGCUUAUUAUAUUUUUCGAAGUUUUUUUCAAAAUUUUACCCAUCACGCAAUAUCCCUAAAAAAAGCUUCAAAGUGCCUGAUUUUAACCAUCGUUAUAAACACCCGUCCAUUUUCCUGUGACGUCACAUAGUGAAGCCAACACAAACAAACAUGGCGGAAAGAACAGCAAGCUAUAGCGACAUUAGCUCGGAUUCAGACUCUGAUUUCAGCGGCUUAAGCGAUUCAACAGAUUACGAAUGUAUUGAAACGGAUGGUUGUAGUGUGGAGGCAGGUAGCGAAAACGAAAUUGAAGAAGAAACUGAAGCUAUUGAGCCAUAUCGGUUUGAACCAUAUGCAAGCAAAACCGACGAAAACGACACGACAGCCAGCGACACGGGAGAAAGCGAGGACGAAUUCGGCGAUCGCCUUCUAACCAACGAUUGGUAUGUGUUUGUUUGGCAUUAAAGGAAACUAACAACUAUGAACUAGGUUUACAGCAUAUGAAAUACAUUUGGCAACAACAUGCACUUUGAGAGUGCAGACAGCCCAAUUUUCAUCAAUUAAUAUAUUCUGUAGACAUACCCUCAUGUCAGCAGGCCAGGGAAGCUAGGGUCGAUAUUCUUCUCUUGACGGUGUGAGCCAAGACAUCCAGGGGGUUUAGCUCGCUCGUCUGCGGGAACAAACUGCCGCCAUUGCUUGCCGUGCUACCAAGGUCCUUUGUCCCUGAAUUGCUCAUACACUCCGGCAGAUUCAAUGGGGGUCUGGCGGCAGAUUUCUUUGACUUUAUCGUUGCAAAUACAUCUGCUUUGAGUGUCGCAGGAUAUCCACGCAUUCUUGCCAUCUCUGUCGUAGCAUAGCUUUCGUCAGUAAAGUGUGCGGAACAAACGUCCAAUUUCUUGCCACUUUCGCAUCUUUGGGCCACUGGUGCAACUUGAAUCCGUCCCUGUUCGUGUUGUUACACCCUCCGACAACACACCGACGAGGCAUGAUGUCUCCAAGGUACGGAAAACAGUCGAAAAAACUGAAAAUAACAGAGCUGAUUUGACUCGGUGUUUGAGAGCAAAUAUUAGAAAGGCUUAUAAUUCGCCAAAAUUCACCCAUUUAGAGUUCGGAAAUCGGUUAAAAAAAUAUAUGGUCUUUUUUUCUGCAACAUCAAGGUACCGGUAUAUAUUGACCCUUACAUAGGUCUGGUGAUAAUGUUCCCCUUUAAGGUGGGACUUAAAUGCCUUUACCUAAAUAAACAAAUAGCUUGCCGUCCUUCAUAUUUCCUCCAAACGAGCUGUUUGGAAUUUACUCUGUCCUGUGAUGUUUUCUGCCCUAUCUCGUCAGCGGAUAGCUCCAUAUAUGGUAAAGUUUUACCCAGAAAGCUUAGCGCGAGUCUGCACUGUAGUCAAUAAGCUCCUUCUUUUUCGCUAUCAUCUUGUUGUGGUGCAGACUGGCUCAUACAUCUACAUGCCUCACCCACUGUUGCCAUUUCUAAUACAAAUGAGCCUACAGUUUAAAUUUAUAUCCGUUAGUAGACUCACUAUAGAAGCACUAAAAACUACAACAAAGAUGGCGGGGAGAAGACGCUGUCGAAGUGGAGGCACAUAAAUAAAAAUGCCCACAAAACAGCACAUUGUGAAGAGACGGUCAGAAAGUAUCUUAAAGAUGGACUGCAAAACAUAAUCUAUGCAACAUUUUGACCAAGGAACCAACAUUACAUGUAGACCACAAGGAAGUGUUUUAAAUGGAGAAAAAAAUUCAUAACAUGACUCUUUAAAACAACCAAAAAGACGCAGAGAGAAGUUGCUUUUUUUAAGACGAGUCAACAACAUGAUGGAUUUUGGACUGACCUCUGAUGCAACCAGCCACUUCUACACACAGCCACAAAAGUAAAAAACAAAACAAAAAAAACCCUAAAACAUAUACACUGUGGUGGCCUCUGCGGUGUUCCACGCCAUCGUCUGCUGGGGUGGGGGGGAGCAUGGCCAGAGACAGGAGCAGACCCAACAAAGCAACUAAGAGCCACCAACGGCCGCCCACUAACUCUCGGCCAGUGUCCAGUCUGCAUGGAUGAGCGAGGAUACGUCCAAAGUACCCGAGGUGUCCGAUACCUGUUCAUUCAGCCAAGACACUGUGAAGCUUGUCCAUCCCGGUGCUCAGUGGUAGCUCCGCAGCCCUGUCUCUUCAUCCGCAUCUCCUCCAGUCUCUCCAAACGGACUCUGGUGUGGCUGAGACCCAGCAGCUGGUCUCCAUGGUCAGGAGGCCGAUCCAGAAGUUCACAAAAAGCACCGCAGAAGUCACGAAAGUGCCACUCCUUGUCACACAGUCCCAAAGUAUCCCGAACCAAAACUGAUGGGCUUGCUUCUCCAAGUUAGGAGUCCUUCCUUUUUUUUGACCUAGGUUCCUCCGGGUACUGCAGACCUGUAUAAUGAUGCUCGCUUGUAAUAAAGCAAUUUUUGGUUCAGUAAA